AUGAAGUCGCUGAGUCUUUGUUUAUGUAGAUUACUUUAUUAUCGACAAGGAAAAAAGCAACAAUGUUAUUCUCAUUAUUUAUAUUCUAUUACGUUUACGCUAUCGAUAAUAUUCAAUUAUUUUAGUGGACUAAACAGUGUACAAGUGCCACGUUCGGCACGUUUGCUAGGCAAUUUGACAUUAGGAGGCUUAUUUCCAGUUCAUGAUUAUGGUGGUCGUGAUCCAUGUGGACCAAUUAGUGAAUUUCGAGGGAUUCAACGUCUUGAAGCAAUGUUAUUUGCAUUAAAACAGAUAAAUGAAGACCAUACUGUAUUGCCGAAUAUUACUUUAGGGGCAAUUCUAUUAGAUACAUGUUCGAAUGAUAAUUAUGCACUUGAAUCAAGUCUUGAAUUUGUUCGCAGUCGUUUGACAUCUACAUCAUAUUCAUGUUCAGACGGAACUAUUCCACAACCAAUUCAUAAUGAAAAUGUUGUAGGAGUAGUGGGUGCUUCAUUAAGUUCUGUUAGUGUGUAUGUUGCAAAUUUAUUACGUCUAUUUCAACUACCACAAAUAUCGUAUGCAUCCACAGCGCCAAAGCUGAGUGAACCAUCAUUUGACUAUUUUGCCCGUACAGUACCGUCAGAUUCAAAUCAAGCACGAGCAAUUGUUGAUAUAUUACAACGAUUAAACUUCACUUAUGUAAAUGUAAUUUAUUCUCAUGGAGAUUAUGGUGAGGGAGGAUUUCGAGAAUUUAAACGUUUAAUUAAAGAUCCAAUUGAUACAUCCGAUACGUCUGUCUGUAUUUCGGAUGAAUCACGUUUAUCACGUGAUCCUUCUAUUCAAAAAAUCGCCGAUUUAUUACAAACAAUGUUGUCGAGACCAAAAAUUGUUCGAGUCUACGUAUUAUUUUUAACAAAAGAUGAUGCGAAGAAACUAUUACAAGCAAUUAAAAAACAAAUUCAUUUAUAUAAUGAACAUAACCGUCCUGUUCUAAUAGCAAGUGAUGCAUGGGGUAAGGAAUCAUCGGUUGUAAUCAACGGUGAAACACAUGAUAUCGCAGUUGGUACAUUGACCAUUGAGUUAGUCUCAAAAGAACCAUCACAAUUUGAUCGUUAUUUCAAUUCAUUAAAACCAACAAAUCUAGCCUUAAAAAAUUUAUCUAAUUCAUCAUUAUCACGAAAUCCGUGGUUCAAUGAAUUUUGGGAACGUCGUUUUGGAUGUGAAUUAGAAAAAAAUAAAACAUGUUAUGAUCAAAUAUUAAAUGAAACAAAUUGGGAUUCAAAAUUACAAUUUAUUGUUGAUGCUGUUCGUGUAUUUGCUCACGCAUUACAUCGUUAUUUAAAUUGUUCAAAUAUUACAGAAACACCAUGCAAAAUUAGAGAUAUUAAUGGAACAAAGUUGUUUGAUAUCAUACUGAAUGGUACAUUUGACAUGCCUGAUGGACGUCAAAUUCAAUUCAAUAAAGAACGCUUUGUAACUGGUCAUUAUCGUAUUUAUAAUUUUCGUCGUCGUCUACCAUCAAAUUCAAAAAUUGACAUUUCAUCUUCAUCCUCAUCAUUGUAUGAUUACGUUUCAGUUGGUGAAUGGAAAUCUGGAUUAGAUAAAUAUGGUAUAUUGGAUUUGAAUAUUCCAUCAAUCAUCUGGCCUGGUAAUCAAUUAAGUACACACAUACCAAUCUCUCGUUGUAGCGAACCAUGUAAAUUAGGUGAAUUUCGUCAAAUUCAAGCUGAUAUUUGCUGUUGGGUUUGUACACCAUGUAGCAAUAAUUCUAUUGUGAUAGAAGGUGAAAAAUGUGUACAAUGUAAAAUUGGUUAUUGGCCAUCGACAAAUCGUACACAAUGUUAUAAAUUAAAUGAAACAUAUAUUGAAUUAUUAUCACCGCAAGCAUUGAUACCCAUAUGUAUAUCUAUUUUAGGAAACCUAUGUACAUUAUUUGUUGUAAUUUUAUUUUAUCGAAAACGUCAAACACCAGUGGUUAAAGCAUCUGGUAUAGAAUUAUGUUUUGUAAUGUUAUGUGGUAUACAUUUAAGUUAUUCAAUGACAUUACCAAUUAUAUUAAGACCCCAUUUAAUUACAUGUAUUAUACAACGAAUUGGAAUUGGUUUAGGAUUUGCCAUGAUGUAUUCAGCACUAUUGACUAAAACAAAUAGAAUAGCAAGAAUAUUUGAAAGUACAAAAAAACAAGGUACUUUACGCCCUCCGUAUAUUAGUCCAAAGAGUCAGGUUUUUAUUUGUCUAUGUUUAAUCAUAAUUCAAUUAUUAUUAUCAUUAUUAUGGUUAGCAUAUGAACGACCAAUUGUUAAUUUAAUACCUUAUGAAAGACUUGUUAUUGUUAAAUGUGAUACAAAUAAACAUUCAUUUUUACUUUCAUUAAUUUAUAAUGCCCUUCUAAUUACUAUUUGUACAGUGUAUGCUGUUAGAACACGAAAAGUACCAGAAAAUUUCAAUGAAACAAAAUUUAUUGGUUUUACAUGUUAUACAACUUGUAUUAUAUGGUUGGCAUUUUUACCAAUAUAUUAUACAGCGUACGAUAAUGGACGACAUCAGGUUCAUAUAACCACGUUGUGCAUAACAAUAUCGUUAUCAGCUACUGUGGCAUUGGUCUGUUUGUUUUCUCCAAAAGUUUAUAUUAUACUAGUGCAUCCAGAGAAAAAUAUGAGAUUAACAAAACAGUUAAGACCAACCCUGAAUAGUUUAAAAUUUGCAGCACAAAUACCACAUCGUGACGAACAUAUAACAGCCACAGGAUCAAAGACAAAUAACGCUAACGAUAAUACAAAUCAUGUGUCACAAGCAGCAAUAGCAACAAGUCCAUUGAUUAAACAAACCGAUAUUGUAUUAAAAAAUAACAGCAGUAAGAAUGUUGCCCGACUAAAUAAACAGGGAUCUAAGCAGUGA